AUGCCAGUUGACAAGAUUCGCGUUCAGGGCGAUUCGCGUGUGAAGCACGAAUCUGCCACGGUGAACGGUCGUAAAUAUGGUUACCUUCUCAGUCAACCAGAAUCCGGUCGCUACCGAGCUACUAUCUUCCUGAUUCAUGGAUUCCCAGAUCUCUCAAUGGGAUGGCGAUACCAGAUCCCUAUGCUGGUUGAUAUGGGACUACGAGUCGUCGCACCGGAUUGCCUAGGCUAUGGUCGUACAGAUGCACCUGAUGAUGUUGCCGAGUACGGACACAAGAGCUGCGCAGACGACAUCAAAGCCCUGGCUAAUCAUCUAGGCGAAUCUAAAAUAAUCCUAGGUGGGCAUGAUUGGGGUGCUUUCUUGGCUUAUCGCAUUUCUCUCUGGCAUCCAGAUCUAAUCACCCACCUCUUUACCGUAUGUGUACCACAUACUGGACUCAAGAAGGAUUUCAUCUCCCUGGAGGACCUUGUGCGUGUUGCACCGAACUUGACCUACCAGGUGCAGUUUGCAAGUGGGGAGUUAGAGAAGGUCAUCAAGUCUCGAAAAGAGAUUAAGCAGCUUCUCACGGCUUUAUAUGGAGGCAGAACGCCUGAUGGGAAAACGGGAUUUACCGUAGAGGAGGGUCUACUUCUGGAUAGGUAUAUGACCUUGAAGCCCCAACGUUUGCUGAGCGAAGAGGAAUUGGAGUACUAUGCCACAGAGUUCUCUAGGAAUGGUGUUCACGGACCAUUGAACUGGUACAGAACCCGGAAGGUCAACUUCGAUGAUGAGGAGAGCAUUGUUGGUCGAAAAAUCACUAUUCCUACGCUCUUCAUCCAGGCUCUUCGAGACCCGGUCUUACCUCCUCAUCUUUCAAAGAGUAUGAGGGAGGAAAUUCCUGGCGUUAUUAUGAAGAGUGUUGAUACCGCGCACUGGGCAUUGUUGGAGAAGCCCGCAGAAGUGAAUGCCAUUAUUUCUGGAUGGCUGAAGGACAUCGUCUUUGCAGGAAGGCCGGCAGAGAAACUCUAA